AUGAAGGAGACUAUGGAAAAAAUCCAAAAUACCACUCAUGGAUCGGGUUGUUUUGAACACUGCAUGCCUCCGGAACAAAGCAGGUCCAGCACACAGACCUCUGCUGCAGUCAGUCGCCUCCUGAGAUGUGGAGCUGUUGCUCUUGUUGUCGCUGCAGUGUUUAUGUUGUGUGCAUCCAUGACUGCUCUCUACCUGUGGAAAGUCAGCGAUAAAAAUGUUUAUAACGUCCGUUACAGUAUGAACAUCAACGGCGAGGUGAGAGAGGGAUCCGUGGAAAUCGAUUCUGACAACAACCUGGAGCGAUAUAAAACUGGGAUCGGAGCUGAGGAAACCGUGGAGAUUCAUGACUUUCAAAUUGGAAUAACCGGGAUCCGCUUCUUUGGAGGAGACAAGUGCUAUAUAAAAUCCCAAAUCAAAGCCAGCCUUCCACACAUGGGAGCCGACAACAAAGAGGCGUUGAUGUUUGACCUGACAGAUGGAAUCAUGCCAGUGAGGUUUGAUGAGGAGUUCCUCAUAUGGGUUUCUGCCGAGCAGCCGUUGAAGGACACCAGCUUUCUGAGCAACAAGAUUCUGGGUCUUUGUGGGGAACUUCCCAUCUACUGGCUCCAACCAGUCUCUCCCAAAGAUGGGGAGAGGAGAAAGAGAGACACACGGGGAGCCAAGCAGCAGUUUAACACGGAGGAGUUGGAGGCAGUUGCUGAGGAGAGGGACCCUGUGAGUCACACAGACGAUCACAUCUCCAGAGUCAGGGAGGAGGAGGAAGAGGAGGGGGCGCAGUCGACUGCAGGAUCGGGGUACAAUCCCCAAAACCCCUAUCACCGCAGCAGCGGAGGGGCCAGGGAGGAAGCCGCCAUGACCUUUGACACCAUGCUGGACCACCAGGGGAUCUGCUGCUCAGAAUGCCAACGCAGCUACACUCACUGUCAGAGGGUCUGCGAGCCUCUGCGUGGCUACUGGCCUUGGCCGUACAACUUCAGAGGGUGCCAGGUGGCCUGCCGAGUCAUUAUGCCCUGUCGCUGGUGGGUCGCACGCAUAUUAGGUAUUGUGUAA